AUGCGUUUCUGCAUCGCUUUGCAAGCCGUUGCGGUCAACAUUGCUGUUGCCGUGGCAUUUCCUCAGGACCUCAAUCUUGACAUGGUCAUCGCUGCACCUGACCCAACUUAUACUGAAGCUGUUGGCGUAACCGCCCAAUCUGUCUCCUACAAUCCUACUUCCAUAGUAGCUCAGGUCACCUCGGCUGUGUCCUCGGUCUCUGUGCAGGUUAGCGAUGUGCUGUCCGGCACUGCUGUUGCAAAGAGAGACAUUGCUAAGAGGACCGCUUGCGCAACUCAACCCACUGGCGCUAGCAGUUAUACCUCUGCCCCUACCGAUCCUUCAGCUUGGGCAUCAUACUCUGUCUUCGCCUCUGCUGCCUCGGUUGCUCCUACCCCCUCGGGCUAUACCAAAGAGUUCACCAAUUUGGCUGCUUCAAACAAUGCCUAUGGCUACCUUGGAUUCGCGACUCUCCAGUCCUACGACGUGAUGACUUGCUCGAAGAAGUGCGACGCCAUCGACGGCUGCAUGUCUUUCAAUCUGUACUUCGAGAGAGAUCCCAGUUUGGACCCAGGCACCGGAUGUACCAACCCUGCUCCAGUGACUAUGGUUAAAUGUGUGUUCUGGGGCGGUCCCGUCAAUCAGGGAAAUGCAGUCAAUACCGGACAGUUUAGAAGCUCGUUUCAGGUCCUGAUUGCAGGAUCGAAUGGAUACACGAACAACACUGUCGUGGCCCCUCCUGGCUUCGACACCCCCACUUUCUUGGGCAAUGCUGCCAUCAAUGCUCCUUACGAUGGCCAGGGCUAUAACACCCUCGCAGGUUCCACUAUCUUCACCCAGGGUACCUUUAACGCCAGCCUCUGUGCUGACUACUGCAACGCCCAGACAGAGUACAACGCGGCCAAUCGUGCAGCAGACGGCACCCCACCAAAAGUCUGCCACUUCUUCAACACCUUUGUCUUGUACCUGAAAUCUGGCAACACCAAGAUUCCUCAGGGCCAAUACUGCACACUCUACACCGAGGUCUGGGACUCGAGCUACGCCACCAACACUGGUCAGAUGCGUGGUUCUGAUCAGUACCUGGUCGAGUACUCUUACGCCUAUCCGCUCACCGGAAGCCAUGGCUUAGCCAACAAGCCUGGCGACAAGCAGGGCGCGAUCUACCAAGCAGCCUACGACAUGGAGUACUACCCCUCCCAUUUGACCUCGACGUUCCAGCCCUUCUGUUCCUCGGUGCUGGGCUACUCGGCAGCUCUCACCACCACCACUACUACUGCAACAGUCACACCAACCUCGUACACUACUGUGACCGACGUGAUCACCAAGCGUGACGCUGCGGCAAGUAGCAUCACACCUUCAAUCCUCACAAAGUACCCAGCCUCCGUCGUCUCUUCUGCCUGCAGCCUGAUUGCCACCUCGCCCACGACAACUUCCGUCGUGGUCUCCACUACUACGUUCUCUGCACCCGCCACCACCAGCACCACGGUGGUGUCAUCCACUCUCGUCAUUCCCACGUGC